UGAGUUGUCUUUUACUGUGAAAGUCCAGAGCGGAUGUGGGCCUGUGGUUUCCCAGCGGUCUUCCUCCAGGUCCCCCGCAGUGCGUGGAACACUGAGGCCGAACAUGAGCGCUGCUGGCCGGGUUGUGUGCGCGCUGCUCCUCGGCCUCCUCUGGUGCUCCUGCUCCGGGGCCCGGGGCGGACUCCGGAUCCGGAUCCCGCCUCACGAGCAGCUGGCCCGGGUGGCCCGCUUCGUCUCGCACCAGUGUGACUGGGCCUCCAUGGCCACCAUCUCCUCUCACCCCCCCCUGGAGGGUCGACCCUUCUCCAACAGCUUGUCAGUGAGCGACGGGCCGCAGGGCUCCGGCUCCGGGGUGCCCUACAUGUACCUGACCCGCAUGGAGGUGUCGGUGCAGGACCUGCAGGUGAACCCCGCGGCGUCUCUGUCCAUGACCCUGGCUCAGACGGACUACUGUCGUCAGCAGAGCUACGACCCUCAGAGUCCGCUCUGCGCCCGGGUCCUCCUGUCGGGAUCCGUCGUCCAGGUCAACGACACGGAGGCGGAGUUUGCUAAGAAGUCUCUGUUCAGUCGACAUCCGGAGAUGAUUGAUUGGCCGACAGAUCACAACUGGUUCUUCGCCAAGUUCAACAUCACACAGGUGUGGGUGUUGGAUUAUUUCGGUGGCGUGAAGACCGUCACUCCGGAGGAGUAUUUCCAGGCGACGCCGUACGAGAAGCACCACUGAGCGUCGUCCCUCGAUGCUUCGUUUGUAGUUCUCAUGAUGUCACCACAGAUUUAAAUCGUACAUUUUCAAACAGGAAACAGGAAGUAGAUGUGUCGUCUUCUACGCCAUAAAGAUUAUCAGAAAUAAUAACAUGUUAAAAACGACCACAACUCUAUUUAUCAUACACAAGAUGAGGAACCUGUUUAUAUAUAUAUAUAAACAUAUACACUCUGCCGUGAAAUCUGAUCGAUCGUGUCUUAAUAUAUAUGUAUAUGUGUGCAGUGUUGGAGUUUGACCAAUGUGUGGCGCUGUUGCUCUGAUAAUGAAAGAUUCAAAACAUAAUUUAUCAUUUUUGUUCAGUGCUGAAGAAAAAAUAAUAUUUUCUUUAGUUUGACUAAAUUCACAUUAACAGGAUUAAACUGAGCGGAAGAUACAAAAGAUCAAAUGUUUGUUGGUUCAUGAGCAACUCGACAAACCAAGUUUAAUACAACAACGAUUUGAGGUGGAAAAUAUAAAACUUUAUAGGUUCUGACACUUUGACUGAAUCUGUUGUUUGUAAAAAUCAUUUUAUUUUCAAGCUGAAGUGAAACAUUUGAAUAAAAACUUUAUAUCUUU